AUGAAUGGUAAGGAGACAGAGGUACACUUUAAUUUCGCCAAAACUGUUCUCUCAAGGGAAGAACGCGAAGCAUGUUGGGCUGCUCGCGAUGAAUUCUGGAAGUGCAUGACAACUAUUUAUCAACAUGGUCCACUGGCUCCCGGUAGUCCACGCCCCAAAUUGAAUUACUCGAAGUGUCGAGAUUUGCGAAAAGCCUACGAGGCUGUCUGUCCUCGAACUUGGAUCAAUGUUUUUGACCAAAAACACGGGGGCUUCAACGAAGACGACUAUAAGGAGUAG